CGACUCCAUUGAUUAAAACGGUCACCGGAUCGGUGCAGACGCUGCAGACUUGACGCGAGACCAGUGUCAUCACCAUCUUGAGAGUUUUACCAUCUUCACCAAACUACGCUUCAGGCAUCAUCUUGUUCCACGCUCGCCGCUUCUUGACACACCUGUUCGCUGCUACGCCCGCACAAUCAUGAUUCAACCUAGAUGAACACCUGUGGCGAUGGAUUGUUGUGCUUGUACCCGUGCCUUUGACGCACACAGUCGCCCAUUUCUGUGCGCUGUUGAUGCCCGCAACCAGCUUUACGAACGGCGGAUGAAACACGUUGAGCUGCUCUUGGAAAACGAUGUCCUGCGGAAACAGAUUGACGGACUGAGUGGUGGCCUUCCGCCUCAUGAUCCCGAACAGGCCGCUUCCAUGCUUCGUGAUGUGAAGCUCAAGACUGAUCACAUCCUCGCAGCUGCCGAUAAGCUACGUGCCGAAAUUCAAUCAGCCAAGGAUGAACUCCAAGCGAGAAAGGCGGGACUGGCCAAGCGUAAGUCGGACUUGACCUCAAUAUCGCAUGGUUUGGCAGAAAGGCGCGCGAAGCAGCACAAGGAUAUCGAAAAGUCAGCUCAGAUGCUGAGCCUCCGCUGGUCUCAGAAUGCCGAAGAGUUGGCAGGCACACGGGCUUUUCUCUGUAAAGAAGCCAUCAAGCUCUAUGGACUGCGCAGAAUCAAAAAAAGCGGUGGUCCGGGACGCUACGAGUAUUUCCUUGGACGCCUGCCUAUUCUCGACAUAACAACUAUGGACGCCCUCUCUCCAGAGGCAAUAUCAACCUCUCUCGCUCACAUUGCCCACAUCGUUGUGCUUAUUGCUCACUACCUCGCCAUCCGCCUACCCGCAGAAAUCACUCUACCUCAUCGAGACUACCCAAGACCAACCAUCUUCAACUUGGUUGGCUCCUACCAGCAAGGCAACUUGUCCUUUCCAAUUGCCAAAGGGUCCAGUUCAGGAACUCUUGAUCCCAAGGGAUUUGACCAUCAGAACAUCCCCAGGCCUCGUCCGCUGUACAUUGAAAAGACUGUCAAUCAGCUGUUAAAGGACGAUCCAUCAACUUACUCAUUCUUCCUGGAAGCCAUUGCGCUUCUAGCAUACGACGUUGCAUGGCUUUGCCGAACACAAGGGUCCUCAACUGGCGAAAAGGGCUCGCUUGAUGACAUCUUCAACAUCGGCAGGAAUCUCUAUAACCUGUUUGUUAGCUUUUCUCUUCAGACUUCGGGUCCUGCCCCUCCCCAGGAUCGACCGCGAGAUUAUCAGGGAGACCAAAAUACGUACAACUGGGUUGGCCGGUUUUCGCACGGAACAAUGUUCUACUUCUUGGGCGGAGCUGACGGAGGCGAGCUGAUUAAAAGCUUCAAACUGCCAAGCCCAAUGAAACUUGCCGAUCAACUAAGGAAACGACUUCUACCUGAAAUUCCCGUAGCCGAUUGGGAGGUUCUGGAUGACGAUGAGUGGAAGGUUGAAGACGCCGCGGCGGCAGAAGCUGACUCGGCGGCUGUAAAGCCUAGCCUUCUUGGUUCACCACGGCGGGAUUCAAAAGGCUGGAUGAAGGUUAAAAGCAGGACAUAACAUGGCUACGAUCAGUAGCAUUCCAUAAUGAACAUUUAAUGACUAAUUUACUUCUCCGCGUUAUACACAAAUGACAGUAUGUUUGGCAUUGCAAGUCUGUCUACCUUGUCUGCUAUCGUCUAUAUCUUUUCAAACAGUAACUGCUGCGUCGAAUCUAUAGGAAACUUUUAGUGCCCACUUGUCAAUCAGUUCUUCGUCAGGGCCGUAACUCCAACACUGUCAGUCCGACCCAACCAGCAAAACCACA